AAUGUGACAUUAGAUAUGAUGUAAAUUGCUGAAGUCGGGGUUUUGUCACAUUAAUAUAAAACAAAAUGAAAAUGAUAAGAUGAUAACAAAUUGCUUUCAGCAAAUAAGUCAUCUAAAGUAAUGGAAAGAUUAACCUACUCAUUGAACGACUUGCAUUUGUGUGAAGGUUAUUCUAUUGCGGAACUAGUUCCGGAUCUUGUUUUGGAAAACAUAUUUUCAUACCUAUCUGUGAAAGAUCUUCGAAAUUGUUCCUUGGUUUGUAAGAGUUGGUACAGAAUCCUCAGUGAUGAAAACAAUGACGUAUGGAGAAUACAUUGUGUCAAAAGAUUGGCAGAAGAAGUCAUGAAAUCAGACUUGCUUUCCACAUUAACAACUUAUAAGGCAAAACUUAAAGCUUUCUUUCAUGCUUGGAAUCCGCAUGACUGUUCCAGAAACAUUUAUGUUAAACCAAAUGGAUUCACUUUGCACAGGAAUCCAGUAGCACAAAGCACAGAUGCUUGCAGAGGUAAAGUGGGUUUCAAUUAUGGGCGACAUGCCUGGGAAGUGAUAUGGGAGGGCCCAUUAGGGACUGUAGCUGUGGUGGGCAUCUCAACCAAAGAAGCACCUUUACAAUGCCAAGGCUAUGUGGGAUUAUUAGGGGCUGAUGAACAGAGUUGGGGAUGGAAUCUUGUGGACAAUCACUUACUGCACAAUGGUGACACUCAAGGACACUAUCCGCUGCUUAAUAAUUGUCCAAAAUAUCAAGUUGGUGAGCGCAUACGAGUGAUAUUAGACUGUGAGGACAACACUUUGUCAUUUGAAAGAAAUUAUGAAUUUCUAGGAGUUGCAUUUAAAGGCCUUCCCAACAAGCGACUGUAUCCAACUGUUUCAGCUGUGUAUGGAAAUACUGAAGUGUCUAUGGUUUACCUCGGUCCCCCAUUAGAUGGCUGAUGGUGACCUUCAAUGUCUAGAUAAUAUGUUAAUGAUCAUACCGCGGUCUGGCGGGGCAAAAAUGCACCAGAGCUACUAUAUUGACGCAGGUGUUACUAGGCGGGUCCAGACAGAGCGAGGAAAAAGAAAAUGCGCGGGCCGCCUCUGCCGAGGGACGUCUACACUGGCCAUUUUGUGCGCGAGGAAAUUGCCUCACGCGUGUGCUCGUUCUGUGUGGACCCGCCUGAUCUUGAUUCAUAACAAGAUUUGAUAUCAAUUCAUAGUCAUACUAAGAAUGUGACUCCAUCUAAAACUAAAUAUAAAUUAAAAAGGCACAU